GAACAGAGCAGUUUCAUCUGGCGGAUUGAUGUCAGACAUGAAGCUCUGUCCUUGCGCUGGAGCUCACGGUCUCCUGCCCAUCCUAGUUCUUCUGGCUGUCCUAGAUGUUAAAGCGGACCUGCAAAGAUCCAAGGAGAGACACUACUACAUUGCUGCUGUUGGCAUAGACUGGAACUAUUCUGGCAAUGACACAAACAGGCUGGAUUCCACCUACAAGAAAGUGGUCUUUAGAGAGUAUGACAAAGACUUCCGCCAGGCUAAGCCUCAUCCACCUUGGUUAGGUCUGCUUGGACCCACGCUGAGGGCCGAGGAGGGGGAGACAAUUGUCGUCACUUUCAGAAACAUGGCAAAUGGAGCGUACAGCAUCCACUCACACGGAGUGGCUUAUGGGAAACAGUCAGAGGGAGCCAACUACUUUGACAACACAUCACAAAAAGAAAAAGAAGACGACUUCGUGCAACCUAACAACGAACAUGUUUACUACUGGGAGGUGACGCCAGAGGUUUCCCCACUACCCGAUGAUCCCAACUGUCUCACCUACACCUACAUCUCCCACCAAAACGUGGUGCAAGACUACAACUCUGGCCUCAUUGGUGCUUUGCUCAUCUGCAAGCCUGGCACCCUGGAUGAGUUGGGAAAGCAGGUUGGCCUCCACGAGGAGUAUGUGUUUCUGUUUGGAGUUUUUGAUGAGAAAGAAAGUUUGUACACCCCAAAUGCAUAUUCUCCAGAUGACCAUGUCAAAUACACCAUCAACGGAUACACAAAGGGAUCCUUGCCUGAUGUAAGUAUAUGCACUCAUGCCACUGUGAGCCUGCAUCUGGUGGGCAUGAGCUCAGAACAAGAGGUGUUUUCAGUUCACAUGAACGGCCAAGUCCUGACGCACAGUGGCCACAAAGUGUCGUCAGUGGGGCUGAUCAGCGGUUCCUCAGCCACUGCCAGCCUUGUUGCUUCCCACACGGGCCGCUGGCUGCUCUCCUCUCACACCAUCAAGCACAUGGAAGCUGGCAUGCAUGGUUUUGUGGACGUGAGGAAGUGUGAAGAAUUUGUGGAACCCUCGAAGAGGAUGACAAUUGAGGAAAGACGACAAAGCAAGGAGUGGAAAUAUUAUAUUGCUGCAGAAGAAAUAGUCUGGGACUAUUCAAACGACCAGAAGGACCGUGUUGACGACGACUACAAGCUCCAGUACCUGAGACAGUCAGCAAACCGUAUUGGAAACAAGUACAAGAAGGCGGUGUACACUCAGUACAAAAAUGAAUCAUUCACUGAAAAGUUGGAAAAUAAGCAAAGGAAGGAUGAGCUGGGCAUCUUGGGUCCAGUGAUCAGAGCACAAAUCAGAGACGUCAUCACGAUUGUUUUUAAGAAUUUGGCCUCAAGGCCUUACAGUAUCUACCCACAUGGCCUGACUUUAGAAAAGUUAGAGGAGGGAGUCAACUACCCAGAAGGAGGGAACCAGUCUCACGGUGUUCUGCCUGGGGAAACACGCACCUAUGUGUGGAAGGUACUCAAGGAGAAUGAGCCUAUGGAUGCUGAUUCCCGAUGUCUGACACGGAUGUACCACAGUGCCGUGAACAUGCCGAGGGACAUCUCGUCAGGCCUGAUAGGACCCAUCCUCAUCUGCAAGAGUCAGUCUCUCAAUGUCAGGAAUGUACAGCUGAGAGCAGACAAGGAACAGCAUGCUGUGUUUUCAGUGUUUGAUGAGAACAAGAGCUGGUAUCUAGAAGACAACAUUCGCCAGUAUUGUGAUCGAUCCAAAGUCAACAAGGCUGACCCAGACUUUUAUAAGUCCAAUGUCAUGCACACAAUAAAUGGUUACACCUUUGAGAGCGGCCCUGUUUUGGGCUUCUGCAAUGGUGAGGUUGCAACAUGGCAUGUGUCCAGCAUUGGAGCACAGGAUUACAUUCAGACAGCUACCUUCUACGGCCAUCCGUUCGAGCUGAAUCACAGGACAGAGGACUUUCUCAGCCUUUAUCCAAUGACUGGGGAAAGCAUCAAGAUAACCAUGGACAACAUUGGUGUCUGGCUUUUGGCUUCAUUGAAUACGCAUGAAACAACAAAAGGAAUGCGUGUGAAGUUUCAAGAUGUUAAGUGCUUUCGGGAUCUCGAAUAUGAGUAUGAAGACGGAGACACGGACACAAACAUGAUCAACAAAUUUACUCAGUGGAAGCCUCCAAAAAUUGAGGAUAUCAAAAAGGAUGAGGAGAUAUCAAAACUUGGACCAACAAAACCAGUGGAGAUAGACAUCUACACGGACAUGUUUGCAGAGGAGUUAGGUCUGCGGUCGCUGAGGAACCAGUCCAAUAACUCAGAUGUAGAGAUAUUGGACUUGAGGUUUAUUGGCUAUGAUGAUAUUGAUGUUUCUCCUGUGAUUGGGAAUACCAGUCCAAAUCUGAAGGAAACAAAAAAUAAAACUGAGUCAUUUUCAAAUCAGACUGCAAUAAAUGAUACACAAUGGAAAGAGGCAGAUGGCAAAAACCUUACACAACACAACUUGCAGAACAGCAGCAUCAGUAAACAUGCAACACAUGCACUGAAAAAUAGUACUCAAUCAUUCUUUGACUACAGCACAACUGUUUUCAAUGGCCACCGUGAUUUACUGACCAAUCAAAGCACAGUAACCACAAACAGGAGUGUUUCUGUAGAUGCAUCCAGUCCCAGUAAUGCUACUGUUAAUGUUGCCAGCACAAUGAACUCAACAAUUCUUGAUGCCAAUGGCUCAACAGUUCUUGUAAAUGUAUCUGGUGCCAACUUUUCCACUGCAUCCAAGGAAUCCACCAUACUUACAGUGGGAACACAACAGACUGCCAAUACACCCACAGGGGUACAAGAAGCCACUGGUCAGACCAUGCCUGUACAAGCACAAGACAAUACUAAUCUUACUAUAACAUUGCCAGGGAAUUUAACUUUCAAAGGUAACACAUCAGAAUCAAAUCCUCCUGGCAAUAACUACGCCUCUGUGGACAUAUUUUUGCCUGAUGACUCUGUGGAACAACUCACAAGGGGUGAUGUGUUCUUUUACAAUGCUGUGUCUGACACCAGCAUCGACCCCAACAGCACUCUGUCUAACGUCACUGUGUUACAGAAUUUGACAAGCGAGAAUGACCAUAACACAACAACAAAGCAUGAUAAUGUGUCAGUUGUUGGUACAAACCAAUCUUUGUUCCUUUCAGUAAUUGAUGUUAAGGACGUUAACACCAGCGGGAUGAUCAGACAUAACCAUACCAGCUUUGAGUUGGUGUUGGUGGAGAACACAGCAAACAGUAAGGGAAACUCUUCAAACAUGACUGCACAGCAAGAGUAUGGACUACAAAUGAAUUUCACUGAAGUUGUGAGUGCUCCUGCCAAUUCCAGCUUUGAAAAUGCAACACAUGUUUUACAUAAAGAUAGGUUGUUAGAAAAUGGCACAAUGAAUGUAUCCAGAUCAAAUUCAUCAGGAAGGAGCUCAGAGAAAGGAUCCCCUCUUCUUGGAGAGUGGUCCAAUUCAACCUCAGUGGAAGGUUUUAUCAAGGAGAUUAAUGGUUCAUCCAACCAUUCUCUCUCUGGUGUUUCAUUCAAACUGCUCAGUUCAGAGGAGUUUGGUGCUUCAGACAGCAGUGAGGAAGUAUUUAUCUACGUUAAAGAAAACAAAUCAGAGGCUAUUAAAACUGUCUCCUUAAGACCACAAGGCUACAACUGGACCUAUGAUGGAACUCACCCCAUGGUGCCUGAGGAGAUUCCUGACCAUAUGAAAAAAUACUUUGAGAAUGAGGCGCCUCGAACGACACCACCUCCCAAAAAAUACAAAAAAGUGAAUGUCAAAAUAACACCCCAGAAAGGUGAAGGCAUAAAAACAAGGAAGAGGAAUGACUACAGGCCUCAAGCCAGGAGUGGUUUACGCUUUUCGCCCCGAGGAUUCAACCCAGGAUUGACUCCCAGAGGUGCAAGGCCCGAUGUUCCACAGCAUGUCACUAAUGAGGAGACUUUGAUUAACGUCCCUGUAGUUAUUGGUGUACCCCGACCUGAUUUCAGUGACUAUCAGCUGUAUGUUCCUGGAGAUGAAACACAUAAUGUCGAGAAGACAGAAAAAGACGUGAUGGAAAAUGAGUAUGAGUAUGUGAUGUACAAAGACCCCUACAAUAGCCUUGAAGACAUUAAGAAUCUCAACUUGGAUGAAACUACUAAAUACUACUUGAAGUUAUCAGGCCCUGAUGUUAAGACAUAUUUCAUUGCUGCAGAGGAGGUCAAAUGGGACUAUGCUGGCUAUGGACAGAGGAGACAAGAAAAGUCACAGCAAAACAUACGAGAGACGGAAUUCACCAAGGUUGUUUUCCGUGGUUACCUAGAUGUUAGCUUCAGCACUCCUGAUCUCCGCGGGGAGAUAGAUGAGCAUCUAGGCAUCCUGGGUCCUGUUAUCAAGGCAGAGGUUGGACAAACCAUCAUGAUUGUGUUCAAAAACAACGCCAAACGUCCAUACUCUUUGCACCCUAAUGGGGUUUCCUAUACAAAGCAGUUUGAGGGUCUGUCCUACGAGGACGGGUCCAAGUACUGGUAUAAGUAUGACAAUGAGGUUCAACCUAAUACCACCUACACAUACAUAUGGAAAAUCGAUCCUAUGGUUGGGCCAGCACCGGGAGAGUCUGAGUGUCGGACCUGGGCGUACUACUCCGGCGUUAAUCCUGAGAGGGAUAUCCACACUGGCCUGAUUGGUCCUUUGCUGGUGUGUCGAGAAGGCACACUGAAGAACAAGUCACUAAACACGAGGGAGUUUGUGCUGCUUUUUAUGACCUUCGAUGAGUCUCAGAGCUGGUACUACGCUCAAAAUCGUGAAGUCAUGCAAAGGAAGAACCGACAAAAAGUUCGGGAUGACUACGACAAGGAGAACUUCAAGUUCCACUCCAUCAAUGGCAUAAUAUACAGUCUUAAGGGCCUAAGGAUGUACACCGCCCAGCUUGUGAAGUGGCACCUGAUCAACAUGGGUUUCCCCAAAGACGUUCACAGCAUUUACUUCCAUGGUCAGACAUUCAGGCACAUGAAGACCAAGAGCUACAGACAGGCUGUGUUUCCCCUGCUACCUGGGAACUUUGCAACUCUGGAGAUGUAUCCAUCCAAACCUGGUCUAUGGCAGCUGGAGACGGAAGUUGGGUUAAACCAAAAGAAGGGGAUGCAGACACUCUUUCUGGUUCUUGAUAAUGAUUGUUACCGUCCUCUGGGUAUUGAGUCGGGCAGCGUGAAAAAUGACCAGAUCAAAGCCAGCAACACAAGAGGAUACUGGGAGCCUCAUCUUGCCAGACUAAAUAACCAGGGUAAAUACAAUGCAUGGAGCACAAAUAAUAAAGGCAGCUGGAUUCAGGUUGACUUCCAGAGGCCAGUUGUGGUCAGCCAGGUGGCCACACAAGGAGCCAAGCAGAUAUUUCAGUCCCAGUAUGCCACAAAUUUCUCCAUCUCAUAUAGCAAUGACCGCCGCAAAUGGAUCUUUUACAAAGGCGACAGCAAGGAUUUCUGGAAGACCUUUCAAGGAAACGAAGAAGCCUAUGAGACAAGAGUAAACACCUUCGUUCCUCCUGUGAUUGGACGAUUCAUUAGGCUCCACCCUAUCACCUGGAACAACGCAGCAACAAUCCGCAUGGAGUUCUACGGUUGUGAGCUGGAUGGCUGCUCAGUCCCUUUGGGGAUGGAGAGUGGAUUAAUAGAGGACAGUCACAUCACAGCCAGCUCUGAGGCAUCCAGCUGGUUAUCUGGACCCUGGAAGGCAUCUCUUGCUCGCCUCAACAAACAGGGCUUUGUCAAUGCAUGGAGAGCUAAGCACAGUGACAUGAACCAGUGGCUACAAGUAGAACUGCCCUACGUCAAGAAGAUCACAGGUAUUGUAACACAGGGAGCCAAGUCUAUGUCUAAGGAGAUGUACGUCAUCAAGUAUGCGCUGCAGUACAGUGACAAUGGGAUCGACUGGACCUACUACCCAGAUGACGAUGAUGUACCUGUAAAGAUGUUUGAUGGAAACACAAACAACAACGACCACAUGAAGAACUACAUCUAUCCUCCCAUCUUCUCUCGCUUCAUUCGAAUUGUCCCCAAAAGAUGGUGGAACUCCAUCACCAUGAGAGUAGAGCUUCUAGGCUGCGACUUUGAGUGACACGUGCAUUUUUCUAUUAAGUGCUUCACAUAAAUACUAAUGAGAACACAGAAAAAGUUUUCAAAUGUUUAGAAUGUACCAGGAAUCUGAAGACCCUGAGUUCUACAGAGAACCAGACAUGGCUCCCCCUCAAAAAAAUCAUCACCCCCCAAACAUGUUAACAUUUUAUCCCGUUACAACCCCAAACUUCAAAGUAGUUUAUUGGGAUUGGGAUCCAUAAGUUUGCUGGAUCCCCUACAUGACUUGGGGUAACCAGGACUUCUUAUAACUUUCUUUAAAUAAUCGCUUACUUUUCUGCAUUCUUCCAUAAAGUCUAUAUACAGUGGAGUGCACAGAUAAUAGUUGUCCUUAUGACGGAUUCGUCCACCUGAGCUGUAGAUCACCGAAGAUCCCCAGAGUCACAAUGAUCUUUUUGGCUGCUUUCCUUGCCCAGUCGGUCACGCUAGGUGGCCGUGUUCUGGUUGUUUUGCAGUUGUGCUAUAGUCUUUCCAUUUUCAAAUGAUGGACUGAAAUGUGCCCUCAGAGAUGUUUCUCAGGUAACUUCUGAAGGCAGUGGGUUGCUGUGGAUUUAUUUUAGGGGUAUCAGAGUGGGUUAAAUACAAAUGCAUGACACACUUUUUGCAGCAUAUAUCCCAUCAACAAUGUAAGGAUUUUAUUAAAAUAUGUAGAUGAUUUUACCAAGUCAGAGGUCGGACAUUUAAAAUAUAAAUCCAGUUUUCUGUCAGUAGGACAUUUUCUAGGACGUCUUUUUAACAAAUCGAGUUUCUGUUAUAAAAUAAGAUUUGAUUUGAUUUGAUUUGAUUUGUCGUGAUGAAUUGAAAAAAAACAAUUGUUAGAAAAUAUUGUCCAUCUUUUCAUUUGUAACAAAUAAAUGUUAUAUGUCUGUAUAUAUGUAUAUAUAUAUAUAUAUAUAUAUAUAUAUAUACAUAUAUACACACACUGUUUUAUUAACAAUCAAAUUGCUCUGCUACGUGCUUUCUGUUUCCCAUUAGAAUAAACCAUUGCAAUCCA